UUGGUAUUUUCUCCCACCCACAGUCACACUGUUUACGAAAAGCGAACUAAAGGAAGUAAAAAAUAAAAGCGUAUUAAUAUUUCGGACGAAAAAAUGCUGUAGGCGCAUUGUAAAAUGCAUAAAGUGCACAUAAAUCGCGUAUGUGAGGUGCUACAACGCAAAUAUAACCGAAAACUAGUGCAGAACUUUAAGGUGCAAUAACAAUACUCGACGAAUCGAAUAAAUACCAAAGUGCAAUUGGCCAGUUGAGACUAGAAAAACAACAACAAAAUACGAAUAAACGAAUAACCUUGUGCUGUGGCAGUUGUUUGUGAUUCGAAAUUAAAGGAAUAUUGAUAAACGUGGAUAGUGCAAGUUAUCCUCAAUAAGUGUUUAAAGUUCAAUAAUAACAAAAUUUUUCAAGGAAAACAGAAAGUGUGUGACUGUGUGUGUGUGUGCGUGUGUCCGAAAGUGUGUUCCACCAAUACAAACGCAACGACCCAUACACGCGCAUAACUAGUUUUCAUAAAAAAAAAAAAACAACGAAAAGCGAUAAAUAAUAUACAAUAAAAAAAACCAAACAACAACAGCAACGAAGAGUCUCAAAAAGUGCUGGAAAACUCCCGGAUAAGAAAAACAAAAACAACAACAGGAACCUCCACAUCGACAGAUCUUGAAUGUUUCUAUGCUGAUUUUGGAUCUCUGGCGAGAAAAUGGUAUCCCUAAUUGAAACAAUAGACGCAGCAGCCGAGGCCCAAAAACAAAAGCAGUCGGCGAUCGCUCAAUCCUCCUCUUCGUCGACCACCCUUACUCCACCAUCUUCCUCUGGAUCCUCACCCGUCCUGGGAAAAUCGAACCUCACGGCCAGCGGAAAACCCAAGGAGAAACGCAGGAACAAUGAGAAGCGCAAGGAAAAGUCACGGGAUGCAGCUAGAUGCCGGCGAUCCAAGGAGACGGAGAUCUUUAUGGAACUCUCCCAGGCACUGCCCCUGAAAACCGACGAUGUCAAUCAACUGGACAAGGCCUCCGUGAUGAGGAUCACCAUUGCGGUGCUCAAGAUUCGCGAGAUGUUGCAGUUUGUGCCCAGCUUGCGGGAUUGCAAUGAGACCAUCAAGCAGGAUAUAGACGCCCCGGAGGAGCAGAAGGAGGUCAAGCCCAAGCUGGAGGUCGGCAACGAGGAUUGGCUCAAUGGAGCCGAAGCCAGCCAGUUGCUGAAGCAGACCAUGGAUGGAUUUCUCCUGGUGCUGUCCAGCGAGGGUGACAUCACCUAUGUCUCCGAGAACGUUGUCGAGUAUCUUGGCAUUUCCAAGAUUGACGCUCUGGGUCAGCAGAUCUGGGAGUACUCGCACCAGUGCGACCACGCCGAGAUCAAGGAGGCCCUCAGUCUGAAGCGCGACAUCGCCGACAAGGUGAAGGAUGAGCAGCGGCUGGAAUCCGGGGUCAGCACCCAUCACCGGGAUCUGUUUGUGCGGCUAAAGUGCACCCUGACGAGUCGCGGUCGGAGCAUCAACAUCAAGAGUGCCUCCUACAAGGUUAUUCACAUCACUGGGCACUUGGUGGUCAAUGCCAAGGACGAGCGGGUGCUGAUUGCCAUUGGCAGACCCAUUCCACAUCCGUCGAACAUCGAGAUUCCUCUGGGUACGAGCACUUUCCUUACCAAGCACUCCUUGGACAUGCGAUUCACCUAUGUGGACGACAAGAUGCAUGGCUUGUUAGGAUAUUCGCCUAGUGAUUUGCUAGAUACGUCUUUAUUUGUCUGCCAGCAUGGAGCCGAUUCCGAGCGACUGAUGGCCACCUUCAAGAGCGUGCUGAGCAAGGGACAGGGCGAGACCUGUCGUUACCGAUUCUUGGGAAAGUAUGGCGGCUAUUGCUGGAUCGUUAGCCAGGCCACGAUCGUCUACGAUAAGUUGAAGCCACAGAGCGUUGUUUGUGUCAACUACGUCAUAAGUAAUCUUGAGAAUAAACAUGAGAUUUACUCACUCGCUCAACAAACGGCGGCAAGUGAGCAAAAGGAACACCAACCAGGAUCAGAAACACCAAUCGAGGAGAUCCCUAACCCAGUACCAGAGCCAGAACCAGUUACCGAGCUCACAGUCAAGGACUCACCUGCUCCACUAGAGAUCGAGGAGAAGCCAGAGAUCAUCGAGAGCAAGGAAAUAGAAACCACCAACGAGGAACCAAAAAUAGAGCUCGUUGAGAGCAAAGUUGAAACUGCAACAAGCCCACCACCACCACCACCAGUAGUAGUACCAACUCCUGAGGAGACAACAACUGCUCUGUCUGCUGCCCAGCUGCGACAACUCACCACUCACCUACUGCAGCAGAACUAUUCCCCAGGACCUCGUACCAUUACCGCCCAGCUGCUCAGCGGCAAUAACCACAACAAUCACACCAACAACAACACCAGGGAGGAGAAGCGUCCCAAGUCGGUGACCGCUUCGGUGUUCCGGCCCAGUCCAGCCCAGAAGCCGCCCCUCGUCGUGGAGCCAACGCUUCCGCCCACCACCACAGCCACGGCGGCGAUACUGUCCUCCAGCAACCUCCAGCAGCAGUUGCUGCCGCAGCAGCAGACCUCCAACCAAUUGCAGAGUCCUGCGCCCCAGCAGCCCGGCACUCAAGAGAUGAGUAAAGGAUUCUGCUCCUUCCUGACCGAGGAUGUCCGAGGUCUGGCAACUCUCAAGGAGGAACCCGACGAUCUGAGCCAUCAUUUGGGCUCCACCGCGGGCAUCCACAUGGACGACAUGCCCCAGUUCAGUGAAAUGUUCAUGGGCCUGAUCGGCAACUGCCUGAUGCCCGACGACAUGAACUCCCUGGACUCGACCACCUGCUCGACGGCAACGAGUGCCCAGCACUACCAGAGCCCCAACAGCAGCAACUCGGUCACCAGCCACUCCACCAGCAACAGCUACGCGAACAGUCCGCUCAGCCCGCUCACUCCCAAUCCGCUCACGCCCACACCCGUGGUCAGUGGCAACAACACCAGCCAUCACCAGCAACAGCAACAGCAACAGCAACAGCAGCAGCAACAGCAUAGCCAUCAGCAACAUCACCCCCAGCAUCACGACAACAGCAACAGCAGUAGCAACAUCGAUCCGUUGUUCAACUACAGGGAGGAGUCGAACGACACCAGCUGCUCCCAGCACCUGCACUCGCCCAGCAUCACCUCCAAGAGUCCCGAAGGCAGCAGCCUGCCAUCACUGUGCAGCCCGAACUCGCUGACUCAGGAGGACGAGUUCUCGUUCGCCGACUUCGAGAUGCGUGCUCCUUACAUCCCCUUGGGCGAUGACAUGCCUCUGCUCACGGAAACGGAUCUGAUGUGGUGUCCGCCGGAGGACCUGCAGACCAUGGUGCCCAAGGAGAUCGAUGCCAUGCAGCAGCAGUUGCAACAGUUGCAGCAACAACAGCAGCAGCAGCAGCAGCAUAAUCAGCAAUACGCCGGAUAUCAGCAGCAAUCGCAGCAGUCGGGCGUCCACCAGCAGCAGCAUUUCUCCAACUCCCUGUGUUCGUCGCCAGCGUCGACUGUCUCGUCGCUGUCGCCGUCGCCGGUGCAGCAGCACCAGCAACAGACCACUGUCUUCGCCAGCGAUUCGAGCGAACUGGCAGCCCUGCUCUGCGGAUCCGGAAAUGGAACCCUUUCGAUACUGGGCGGUAGUGGAGUGUCGGUGGCGGAGGAGUGCAAUGAGCGUCUCCAGCAGCAGCAACAGAGUGGUGGGGAUUUCCGCAGCUUCCAGCAGUUGCAACAGGAGUUGCAGUUGCAGGAGGACCACCAGCAGCAGCAACGUCAACAGCAGCAGCAGCAGCAGCAGCAGCAGUUGCUGAGCCUCAGCAUCGAGUGUAAAAAGGAGAAGUACGAGGUUCCAAUGGCACCCAGCUUGUGUCAUUCCAUGGAGGAUGCAUUUGAGAAUGACUACAGCAAGGAUUCUACGAACCUGGACUGCUGGGAUCUGUUGCAGAUGAACGUGGCGGAGGCUCCCGUGAGUCCUGCCACCUCACCUGCCCCCUGCAAGGUGACCACGAUUCAGUUGCUGCAACACCAGCAGCAGCAGUUGCAACAGCAACACCAGCAGCAGAACAUCAUUCUGAACGCCGUGCCAUUGAUUACAAUUCAAAACAACAAGGGAAUACUGCAGCAGCAGCAGCAGCAGCAGCAACAGCAGCAGGAGCAGCUGCAGCAGCCGGCUCUAAAGAUCUUGAACGGAGCCAGCAUUGCGCCAGUGACCACCAAGGCCACCAUUCGGCUGGUGGAGACUAAACCCACGACGCAGCCUCGAUUGGCGAAGGUUAAUGUGAUUCCCCAGCAGCAGCAGCAGCAGCAGCAGCAUGGAAACAAGCGACAUCUGAAUAGCGCGACAGCUGGUGGUAAUCCCGUAGAGUCGAAGAGAUUGAAGAGCGGUACCAUCUGCCUGGAUGUGCAAUCGCCCCAGCUCCUGCAGCAGCUGAUCGGCAAGGAUCCCGCCCAGCUGCAGGCGCAGGCGGGAAAGCGCCAGGCCACCGAUCGCUGGCAGCAGGCGGCGGAGAACAAGCAGCAGAAGCAGCAACAGCAGCAGCAGCAACAACAGCAAUCGAACUCGGUGCUGAAGAACCUGCUGGUCAGCGGACGCGACGACUGCGAAACCGAACCAAUGAUGAUAGAUGACAACUCCCUGGACCAGUCUCCCAACUUGGGCAAAUAUGGCAUUCCUCUGCACUGCCACACUUCCACAUCUGCGGUGCUCAGGAAUUACAAUAAUAAUCCACUAAUCAGCGGAACAAACUUCCAACUGUCACCAGUUUUUGGAGGCUCCGAUGCCGGUGGCGACGGCGGCGAUGGCGAUGCAGGAUCUGUGGUGUCCUUGGACGAUUCGGUGCCGCCGGGCUUAACGGCCUGCGACACAGAUGCCUCCAGCGACAGCGGCAUCGAUGAGAACAGCCUGGUGGAUGGGGCAUCGGGGUCAUCGCCGCGCAAGAGGAUUCCGGGAAAUACCAGUGCCAGUGAGCUGGGCGAACCCACCGCACCGCCACCCCUCAAACAGCAGCAGAAGGCCCAGCAGGAGGAGGAGUUGGAGGGAGCCGGCAGCAGCAACGCCCCCAGCCGGAAGACAUCGAUAUCCUUCCUGGACAGCAGCAAUCCCCUGCUCCAUACACCGGCGAUGAUGGACCUGUGCAACGACGACUACAUCAUGGGGGAGGGCGGCUUCGAGUUCACCGACAACCAGUUGGAGCAAGUCCUGGGCUGGCCAGGGAUGGCCUAGAGAAUCGUUACAGCUUAGCAUGCACUGCAUUUUCACAGAGGACGUUUUGUUUUUUGAGUUUAGUUUGAGAGAGAAGGAAAACAUUGAAAUUAGACGGUGAAUCGAAGAUAAAGCUAACCAAAAGAUUGACUUUGAGCCUUGCAAGAAAGUAGGACUAUCCUCCGCACGACAAAACCUGACAAGACCCCCAACCCAACACCCACAAAGGACACCCAAGCUAACCUACACAAUGACCCGUAAUAGAAAAAAGAAUAAAAAAAAAUAAACAGGAAGGGUUAAACACAUUGGAAUAGUUUUGUAGCCACGUUAACUGCCUAGAACAGAAGAAUAUACAUGUAUGUAAUUUAGUCUUAAAGUUUUUUCUCUCAGACCGUUUUCCCAAAAAAAAAUAUGCAAAAAAAAAUGUAAAAAUAAAGUGGAAAGCGGAAAAACACUGGAAAAAAUAUCUUUUACAAACAAUGAAAAAAAAUGUUCAUAGUUUUUGCUGGAAGGCUCAAACAAGUUUUUGGUGAUGGUUGUAUUCUUUUUUAUAACUUUCAAGCGCAAAAGCUGUGACGACAAAAAAAAAAAAAGUUUUUGAUCAUGUUUUACAAAUAUAAAAAAAAGAAAAAACCUAAAAAAAAAAUAAAAAAAAUGUAAAACUUAGUUUUUUAAGUAAUCAGUUUCAAUGUUUUCAAAGUACUACAACACAAAUGUAGUAAUUAUAAUAUUUUAAUUCUAUUAAGUAAAAGCUAAGUGAAAAUAUCUAUCCGUUUCCCUUGAUCUUAACUACAGGAUACACAUAUACUUUGAUAUACUUUGUGCAUUUCUAUUAAUUAACUUUGUGUCGAUCAUUUUCAAUCACUUAUCGAUUUCUCUUGACUAUUUCGAUUACCGAUUCUUUGAUGUAAACUAGUUAUAAUUCUGUUUAAGGCGCAUCAUACAAAACAAAAUGUUUGCUUUCUUAAAUCCAAAUUCAAUCAAUGUUCAGUGUUUUAAUUCAGUUUGUUUUUAAUUUUAAUUGGCAAAUAAAUAUAAAAAUCUA